AAACACACCGGACGAGUUGAGGAAACGGGCGCUUGCGUGCUAACAGCGCAUGUUAGCCCUCCCCCCCAAAAAAAAUUAAAUAACAUUAUUUAACAUUUAUUUGUUGACGCUAAAUAAACCUACUUUGCACUAAUGGAGGCUGUUGAGUCAAAAGAGAAAGUUAAUGACCCAAGCCUGCCUCUCCCAUCUCUGCGCCUCCUGGUGCCCCCACUGCAGCUCCUGUCCGCUGCUAUGUGGCAGCUGGCGAAGCGGAAAGAUGUGCUGAGUUACGAGAGGCUCCAGGAGUUUGUGUGCACGGUGACGGAGGCGGCCCCUGGACUCAUCAACCACAGACAGAGAGCCCAGCUGGUCCUGGGUCUAAGAGCGAGGUUGAUUCUGGAGCUUUGCAAAGGCUCGUCGCGAGGUUCUGUGGAUUCUCAGAUGAUCCAGAGCUACUUGGAAAGACUCCCUGUGACCUCGACACAGACAGAUUACAGGGAUGCUGAGGUGAAGACAACAGAGUCCACUUUCAUUGCACUUGUUCAGAGCCUGCUAAAAGAUCCAGUUGAGAGAGCUUAUUUCUUCCAGGAGGUGUUCCCAGUGGAAUACGGGCCUCGGUAUGAUGCUGCUCUGCAUGUGAUACUGUGGGAGCUGCUGUCAAAGCUGGAGAAGCUGUUUCCAGUUCCAGACUUAAAACAGACUGCAGCCUGGCUCGGCUCGGCUCCUUCUGUUUUGGAGGAAUGCGUUGAGACGUCACCUGAAGAGCUGAGCUCCAUCUUCAAACACUACAAGAGUUCAGGGCUGCUGAAGAUGCCAUAUGGUCCUUCGUCCACCAUCGGCAGCUGCAUAAUGUCGGCUCUUUCCAUCCCUCCCUCACAAAAGACAAACAUCUCUGUUGGACUGGAAUCCAUCCACAAUUACGCCAACGUCCUAAACCCUGUCACUUUUGUCAGUACGGAUCAGUACAGCGUUGUCGCCGUUUACACUGAAGUGGAGGUCGGUGCAGCUGAGGUGGACGAAGAAAUGGUGGAGGCCGCUGAGGUGCAGGUCCAGACGGAUUUCUAUGAAGAAGAGAUCAUGGCCAUGAGCGCAGAAAACGCCAGUGAGGAGGCUAACGGCUCGCGGGCGGAAGAAACAAGCGACACCGCGGGUGUUGCUAAAGCUCUGGAGACUCUGGCGAAAACAUUUGCGCUGAGGAAGGAGAGCCUCGGUCAAGAAGUCCAAACGGGGAAGGAGGACUCGUCCCUUAAUGAUGAGCCGCGGCUUGGAGCAGCAACCGAGGAGGCAAAGGAGGAUUUCCCCUCUGAAGAUACGGGGAGCAAUGUGAACUCUUUGGCAGACCUGAAGGGUAAUCGUGCAUCCUUUUCUGCUGAUGAAGAAGUCACAGAAGAAGAUCCAGUGUCUCCAGGGUCAGCUGAUGUUCGCCGAUCUACUCGUUUUCAUGUGAAGACCUCAACCAGCAGGCAGAAUACAUGUGAAGUCGAGAAGCCAAAAGAAACAAGUGAAGAGCUAAAAAUGAGCAGAGCUGAUGGAUCUCUCGCCCCCUCCAUCAUAGCCAUCAAAGGAAGUGAAGGAGAUUCAGAAGAGCUGACCUCGAUCAUCUUCACCUGCUCUCGCUGUCCCUUCCACAGCUCUGAAGAAAACAGCCCUCCUCACUUCCACAUGCAGAGCGUUCGCACUGAAGAGUACAGGACGCUUGCGGGCGCUACGUUUACCCCGUCGCCUUCCAGCACGGAUGAAAUUUUCACGUCGAUUAAACUUUUCCCCAAAGGAAACACGGAGCAGGACGAAGCAGAACAGGGUGAGAGUCCGGGCAGAGGAAGCGUGUCUCAGCCCCGAAGCAGACAGAAGGCCCUGACAUGUGAAACGUGCGGUAAGACGUUCACGCGCACGUCAGAUGUCAGGCGGCACCAGCUCAUCCACACUGGAGAGAGACCAUUUCACUGCUCGCAGUGUAACCGAACCUUCCAGCACUCGUGGGACCUUGCCAAACACGAGAGCAAACAUCACGGCGUGGACAUUUCUUUCUCCUGCCGGCUGUGCGGCAGCUCCUUCCCCAACCUCCGCGCGCUCACCGGCCACCACAAGAAGUCUCACUCGCGGGAGAGCCGGCUCCCUCAGAUCUGCUCCAUCUGCAGCCAGAGCUUCCCCACGUCCUCGGAGCUGCUCGAGCACAGGAAGUCCCACGUCGCCGACAAGCGCUACCUCUGCCAGCAGUGCGGCGCGGGGUUCGACACGCUGCUCGCCCGCUCCAAGCACCGGCAGAUACACCAAGUGAAGCAUCAGUUUAAGUGUCAGCACUGUGAGAAGACGUACACGCGGAGAUCUGACGUCAAGAGGCAUUUAAGGACGCACACGGGAGAGAGACCUUACCAGUGCGACCAGUGCAGCAAACGCUUCUCUCUGCGCUUCUCGCUCAUGAAACACCUUCGCGUUCACACGGGCGAGAGGCCUUUCCAGUGCUCCCAGUGCCAAAAGAGGUUCACGCUGGUCUCAGUGCUCGCUAGACACGAGAGGAUGCACACAGGGGAGAAACCGUUCCUUUGCUCUCAGUGUGGGAAGGGCUUUUUGUCGCAGGGUGAGCUCACAAAACAUCACAGGUCACACGUGGACGUCAGGCCUUACUCCUGCAACCUGUGUGACAAACGCUUCAAGAGCAAGAAAACCCAACAGGAGCACAUCGUCUCCCAUACUGGUGCCCGUCCAUACCCCUGCACCUACUGCGGGAAGGGCUUCACAAAACCGUACGCGCUCACCAGACACAAUCUCAUUCACACGGGGGAGAGGCCGUUUCCCUGCGGGCACUGCGAGAAGACGUUUCUAACCCUCAACGAGGCGCAGCUGCACCAGCGGAUUCACACGGGGGAGAGGCCGUAUCCCUGCAGCGUCUGUGAGCUCAAAUUCAAGAGCUCGUCGGUGCUGGCCCGACACAAACGCUGCCACUCAGGGCUCCGGACGCAGAAGCCGCACUGCGAGAAGUGCAUGACGACGUUCACAUCCAAGGCCAGGCUGAAGGAACACAUGGAGACACACAGAGAGGAGGGAGACGCAGCACAGUCUGUGAACACUUUGAAGCCUGAGGAAUUGAACAGUUAAAAAAAUAAUGAUUACAUGUGUGGUACAAAAUAGUUUUCAUCAGGAGAGAUUAUAUUUUAAAACGUCUUCUCUUGACCUUACUGUCAAAUGUUUGACAAUUGAAACUGAUGGGUUUUUCAUACUCACCAAGUCACACAAAAUUGUUUUUUUUAAAGAAAUAAAUUUGACAAAUCAU